AUGGAUAAGCCGCUGUCUUGCCUGGCCGCUUCCUUUGACUUCCGUGAUAUCCAGGAGGGGAAUUCAGGGCAAUGUAACCGCGGUGUUGGAAACAGGCCAGGGCUUAGAGGAGAGAAAUCGCGCGAGGGCUGGUCUCUCACCCCGUACCCUCGUGGCGCGCAUGAUGUCAGCAGCAUCCUGUUCUCGCUGCAUCCCGCACGCCGCUGUUGCCAUGGCAACCUCUCCCCCGACGGCAGAGCCUUCCUCACAGCCCCGAAAGCCCAUUCUGUCCUGAAGCGCUUUCCACGGGCCAAUGGCUUUCUGGAAGAAUUUCGCCAGGGCACCAUUGAGCGCGAGUGCGUGGAGGAGGUCUGCAGCUAUGAGGAAGUCAAGGAGGUCUUUGAGAACAAGGAGAAGACGAUGGAGUUCUGGAAGGGCUAUGCCUACUCUGUCAAAGAUGCCUCUGACGGGACAGACCGCUCCGAUGCCAUGCUGGAGUCAGGCCUUCUGCACCCGUGCCCCAGCUGCCCAGCUUUCUUUGAGGAGGGCAGGAUCUAUUCCUCCAGGAACAUCCUCCGAGGGCUGCACUUCCUGGGGCUCCAGCUGUUCCAGCUGCUGUGGGGGCCCAGACGGGUCCAAAUCAGUGCCUGGGGGGUGAACUUGGUCUCAGAUGGAUCCCUGGAGGAGUCUGGCAUCCUGGAGAUUAGGGCGAUGAUGGAGCAGCUGACUGAUCUUUCUGGGCAACUGUGUGCACUGGAAGAGCAAAGUGGGAGUUGGCACAAGAAAGAGCUGUUCCUUUACUCCAUGUUGGCCUCUGCCUGGCUCUUUAACAUAUGGCUGUGGCUCAGGAGAUGACUUGCCCAUGACAGCCACAAGAGGAAAAUGAUCUGCAGCAAGAUUAUUGUAUGUGCAAAGAUGAAAAGAUUCGGCACUGCCCAUCACGGAAGAAUGGUUGGUGAAGAUGAUGGAAUUUGCUGCAAUGGCUAAAUUUACUUCUUUGAUCAGAGAAAAAAACAAUAUCUACAUUUAUUACUGACUGGAAACGUCUUAUAGACAUUUUGUGAGAAACAGAAAAAAAUGAACUCACGAUAUGUGGUUUGGAUGAUUAGACUGAAUAGAUUGUAGAAAGAAGAUACAUGUUAUAACCACAGAGUAAAAUUUCUAAUUGUGCUUAUAGCUUCUAUAAAAGAAGAUUGUAAGCUA